AUGGCGUUCACGAUGCACUCCCACUCGGGCCAGUUCUGCGGCCACGCCGUCGACACGCUCGAACAGGUCGUCCAGCGUGCCAUUGCGCUCGGCUUCGAAAGAAUCGGCUUAUCGGAACACAUGCCCCGUGGGCACACGAGGGACCUCUACCCGGAGGAGCGCGGCGACGGCCACGACCUCAAAGGCAAGCUGGCCGGCCUGGCCGCUCGCUACGAUGCGUACCUUGUCGAGGCCGCGCGGCUGCGUGAUGCCUACAAGGACAACAUCCACAUUCUGAUUGGCUUUGAGGGCGAGUGGAUCUACGGCGCCGACGACGACGGCAAGCGCAUCAAGGCGCUGGCCGAGCACCCCGAUAUCGACUACUUUAUCGGCUCGGUGCAUCACGUGGGCAGCCGGGGGACGCCGAUCGAUUAUGACAAGGCCACUUUCCAAGAGGCCAUUGACGUGGCGGUCGCCAAGGCAGCUUCGUCUUCUUCUUCCUCCACCUCCAUUUCUGCAAGGUCGUCUGCGACAGACAUCGUCGACCCCGAAGUCUACCUGAAUGCCGACUACUACGACCAGCAGCUCGAGAUGCUACAGACGCUACACCCGCGUAUUGUUGGCCACUUUGACCUCGUGCGUCUGCUGAGCGCCGACCCGAGUCGCGACCCGUCCACCGCCGCCUGCCUCGCGACGCUCGUCUGGCCCAAGAUCCAGCGCAACCUCGAGUUUGUUGCGAGCUACGGCGGCUGGCUCGAGUGCAACACGGCCGCCCUGCGCAAGGGCCUAGCAGAGCCGUACCCCGGGCGCGCCAUUGCCGAGGCGUGGCUGAAGCUCGGCGGCAAGUUCACCAUGUCCGACGACAGCCACGGCACGGCGCACGUCGCGACCAACUACAAGCGCGGCCUGGCGUUCCUGCGGAGCCUGGGCGUGACGGAGGUGUGGACGUUUGAGCGGCAAUACACCCCAUCCCCAGAUGGCACAAAAUUAAAAGGCGAUCUGGUGGAGAAGAGCGUGUCGCUGGACGACUUUGAGAAGAGUCUGAACGUGGACCAGUAG